UUGCACCUUUGAAGAAUAACUAAGCCAUGGAGAUUACCUUGUUAAUAUUCAUAUUAACCCUUUAUCUGUCAAGCCCAAUGUGUGUGGCUGCCAAGUGUCCAAACAGUUGCAUCUGUCAGUGGAACCAAAAGCCUUAUGAUACAUAUGGCAAAUUGUAUCAGGUGUUUUGCCAGGGUAAAAACCUCAUUUCUGUACCAGACUUGACAUCGCUGCUGUCAAAUCUACACCCGAUUCAUCUGGAUCUAAGUGGCAACCAGAUUAAGUCCAUUAAAAAAUCUGACUUCGCUCCCAUGUUGUCAGUUGUGAUACUGAAUCUCGAUUCAAACACUGGAAUUCAGAUGGAAGACAGCACGUUUAUUCACAUGGCUGACACACUGAGGUAUGUGAGCUGUGACAAAACAGAUUUCCAGUUCAACAGGAAUUUUACAUUUUUGAGGGGCUUACAUAGACUUGAGAAACUCACAAUGGGUGAAAACAUUCAAAACCAAAUGACUCUACCCAGCAGUAUCUUUAGUAAUUUUAACCUUCCUUCACUACGUGAAAUUCGGUUCAACCGCUGCAACAUAAAGGACAUAACAGAUGAUGCUUUUAAAGGUGUUGACUUUCUUCAGACAUUAGAUUUAACCUCCAAUCGCCUUCAGACCAUCCCAACAGCCAUCAGAGAUUUGACAAAUCUCAGGACCUUGAACUUGAAACUAAACAACAUUAAAACUAUUCCUAGCUUAAUAUUCCAAGGUCUGCAGAAGCUGGAGCAUAUAGUUCUAGAUGGGAACAGUCCGCUGUCUUUCAAAAAUGGUGCUUUUGCUGGUUUGGAGGAAUCGCUGAAGGAACUUUCACUUCAUAAAUGUGGGCUUGAAGAUGUUCCAAGUCGCCAGAUUCAUCAUUUGAGGGGUCUAAGAAAACUCAAUCUGAAAGACAAUGCACUAACAUACGUUAAUCCAGAUUCCUUUAAUGGGAUGUACUGUCUAUCAGAACUUGAUAUCAGCCGGACACUGUUUCCACUGGAGGCUGGAAUGUUUCAAAGACACAGAGAUUGUUUGAGAAUUCUGAUGCUCAAUGACCGAAACUUGAUCACAGUUUCCAUCCAAAUUCUCGAGGAAUCCAAAAAAAUUGAAAAGAUCAUCUUGCAAGCAAACAAAAUCAAAGUUUUACACCCAAAUGCAUUUGGAGCAGUGCCUGCUACAUUUCUUGAUUUGUCUUACAACCCACUCAUUGAAGUAAAGCAGGGUGCAUUUAACAAUCUGGGAUCUUCACUUACAAUUGCAGUCAAAAAUACCAAACUGAGAGAUAUAAAUUUUGUUCUGGAAUAUAAGAAAAACAAGUUUCAUACCAUUAUGUUUGAAGGUACCAGAAUAGAUUGCAGCUGCAACCUGCCCAUAAUUCUUGGCCUUGUAGAAAGUAGUACUUUGAGAGGUACCUGUUACACUGAUGGCAUCGGCCAUGAUCUGAACAGGAAAAAGGAAAUAAUACUGUUACAAGAAAAAUGUGCCAGAGUGUGGCACAGAAUCAUGGGGAUGGGAUCUGUAAGCACCUCAGAACUGCCCUUACAAGCAACCACCCAGCUGACACAAGUAACAACCCCAGUCAAACGUGAAGACACCUCACUAAGACGCGAACACACUGUGAUAUCAAAAAACACUACAAUGUCUGAAGAACACACUGUAAUGUCAGAACAAACUACCCUGAUGACACAAGAAACCACCACGAUGACACAAGAAUCUACUCCAAUGACACAAGAAAUUACAAUGACACAAGAACCUACUCCAAUAACACAAGAAACUACCCUACUGACACAAGAAACUACUCCGAUGACACAAGAAACUACGAUGGCACAAGAAACUACAGUGACACAAGAAACUACUCCUAUGACACAAGAAACCACUCUACUGACACAAAAAGCUAUUCUGAUGACACAAGAAACUACAAUGGCACAAGAAACAACAAUGACACAAGAAACUACAAUGACACAAGAAACUACUCCGAUGACACAAGAAACCACCCUACUGACACAAGAAACCACCCUAACACAAGAAACUAUUUCGAUGAUACAAGAAACUACUCCGAUGAAACAAGAAACCACCCUACUGACACAAGAAACCACACUACUGACACAAGAAACUUUGAUGACACAAAACCCCAUCCCACUGACACGGGUACGCAGAUCAGUGACAAAAGAAACCACUCCAGUGACACAAGAAACCACUCCAGUGACACAAGAAACCACUCCAGUGAUACAAGAAACCACUCCAGUGGCACAAGAAACAACUCCAGUCACAGAAGAAACCAGUCCAGUGAUACAAGAAACAACUCCAGUGACAGAAGAAUCCACUCCAGUGACACAAGAAACCACCAAGAUGACAGAAGAAACCACCCGGGUGACAGAAGAAACCACCCCGAUGACACAAAAAACUACUCCAAUGACAGAAGAAACCACCCAGAUGACACAAGAAACCACUCAGAUGACACAAGAAACCACUCAGAUGACACAAGAAACCACCCCGAUGACAAAAGAAACCACCCAUAUGACAGAAGAAACCACCUUACUGACACAAAAAACUACUACGUUGACACAAGAAACUAUGACGACGCAAGAAACUACCCCGAUGACACAAGAAACCACCAUACUGACACAAGAAACUACUUUGAUGACACAAGAAACUACUCCGAUGACACAAGAAACCACCCAGAUGAUACAAAAAAACACCCAGAUGACGGAAGAAACCACCCCAAUGACACAAGAAUCUACUCCGAUGACACAAGAAACCACCCAGAUGAUAGAAGAAACCACCCUACUGACACAAGAAACUACUCCGAUGACACAAGAAACUACUCCGAUGACACAAGAAACUACGAUGACACAAGAGACUAUUCCAAUAACACAAGAAACUUCUCCGAUGACACAAGAAACUACUUCGUUAACACAAGAAACUACUCCGAUGACACAAGAAACUAUGAUGACACAAGAGACUACUCCAAUAACACAAGAAACUUCUCUGAUGACACAAGAAACUACUUCGUUAACACAAGAAACCACCCUGAUGACACAAGAAAUUACGAUGACACAAGAAACUACUCCGAUGGCACAAGAAACUACAAUGACACAAGAAACUACAGUGACACAAGAAACUACUCCGAUGACACAGGAAACUACCCUACUGACACAAGAAACUACUCCGAUGACACAAGAAACUACUCCGAUGACACAAGAAACCACCUUACUGACACAAGAAACUACUACGAUGACGCAAGAAACUACUCCGAUGACACAAGAAAUUGCACCAAUAACACAAGAAACUACCCCGAUGACACAAGAAAUUACACCGAUGACACAAGAAUCUACUCCGAUGACACAAGAAACUACGAUGACACAAGAACCUACUCCAAUAACACAAGAAACCACCCUACUGACACAAGAAACUACUUUGAUGACACAAGAAACUAUGACAGCACAAGAAACUACAUUGACACAAGAAACUACAGUGACACAAGAAACUACUCCGAUGACACAGGAAACUACCCUACUGACACAAAAAACUACUCCGAUGACACAAGAAACCAUCCUACUGACACAAGAAACUAUACCAAUGAAACAAGAAACUACCAUGAUGGCAAAAGAAACUACUCCAUUGACAGAAAAAACUAUUCUGAUGACACAAGAAACUACUCCAAUGACACAAGAAACCACUCAGAUGACACAAGAAACCUCCCCGAUGACAGAAGAAACCACCCAUAUGACAGAAGAAACCACCUUACUGACACAAAAAGCUACUACGUUAACACAAGAAACUAUGACGACACAAGAAACUACCCCGAUGACACAAGAAACCACCAUACUGACACAAGAAACUACUCCGAUGACACAAGAAACUACGAUGACACAAGAAACUACCCCGAAAACACAAGAAACCACUAUACUGACACAAGAAACUACUCCAAUGACACAAGAAACCACCCAGAUGACACAAGAAUCUACUUCGAUGACACAAGAAACUACAAUGACACAAGAACGUACUCCAAUAACACAAGAAACUACCCUACUGACACAAGAAACUACUCCGAUGACACAAGAAACUACAAUGGCACAAGAAACUACUCCGAUGACACAGGAAACCACCCUACUGACACAAGAAACUACUCCGAUGACACAAGAAACUACUUCAAUGACACAAACUACGAUGACACAAGAAACUACUCCGAUGACACAAGAAACCACCCAGAUGACACAAAAAAACACCCAGAUGACAGAAACCACCCCAAUGACACAAGAAUCUACUCCGAUGACACAAGAAACCACCCAGAUAAUAGAAGAAACCACCCUACUGACACAAGAAACUACUCCGAUGACACAAGAAACUACUCCGAUGACACAAGAAACUACAAUGACACAAGAGACUAUUCCAAUAACACAAGAAACUUCUCCGAUGACACAAGAAACUACUUCGUUAACACAAGAAACUACUCCUAUGAUACAAGAAACUACGAUGACACAAGAGACUACUCCAAUAACACAAGAAACUUCUCUGAUGACACAAGAAACUACUUCGUUAACACAAGAAACCACCCUGAUGACACAAGAAAUUACGAUGACACAAGAAACUACUCCGAUGGCACAAGAAACUACAAUGACACAAGAAACUACAGUGACACAAGAAACUACUCCGAUGACACAGGAAACUACCCUACUGACACAAGAAACUACUCCGAUGACACAAGAAACUACUCCGAUGACACAAGAAACCACCCUACUGACACAAGAAACUACUACGAUGACGAAAGAAACUACUCCGAUGACACAAGAAAUUGCACCAAUAAUACAAGAAACUACCCCGAUGACACAAGAAACUACACCGAUGACACAAGAAUCUACUCCGAUGACACAAGAAACUACGAUGACACAAGAACCUACUCCAAUAACACAAGAAACCACCCUACUGACACAAAAAACUACUCCGAUGACACAAGAAACCAUCCUACUGACACAAGAAACUAUACCAAUGAAACAAGAAACUACCACGAUGACAAAAGAAACUACUCCAUUGACAGAAGAAACUAUUCUGAUGACUCAAGAAACGACCCAGAUGACACAAAAAACCACUCAAAUGACAGAAAAAAACACCCAGAUGGCAGAAGAAACCACCCAGAUGACAGAAGAAACCACCCUACUGACACAAGAAACCACUCCAAUGACACAAGAAAUUACUCUGAUGACACAAGAAACCAUCCUACUGACACAAGAAACUACACCAAUGAAACAAGAAACUACACCAAUGAAACGAGAAACUACCAUGAUGACACAAGAAGCUACCCCAAUGACACAGGAAACCACCAUACUGACACAAGAAACUACUCCGAUGACACAAGAAACUACUCUGAUGGCACAAGAAAACAUCCUACUGACACAAACAACUACCACGAUGACACAAGAAACUAUUCCGAUGACACAAGAAACUACGAUGACACAAGAACCUACUCCAAUAACACAAGAAACCACCCUACUGACACAAGAAACUACUCUAAUGACACAAGAAACCAUGACAGCACAAGAAACUACAUUGACACAAGAAAUUACCCCAAUGACACAGGAAACCACCAUACUGACACAAGAAACUACUCCAAUGACACAAGAAACUACUCUGAUGGCACAAGAAAACAUCCUACUGACACAAGAAACUACCACGAUGACACAAGAAACUAUUCCGAUGACACAAGAAACUACUCCAAUGACAAAAGAAACCACUCUACAGACACAAAAAACUACUCUGAUGACACAAGAAACUACAAUGACACAAGAAACUACUCUGAUGACACAGGAAACCACUCUACUGACACAAGAAACUACUCCAGUGACACAAGAAACUACUCCAAUGACACAAGAAACCACCCUACUGACACAAGAAACUACUCUGAUGGCACAAAAAACUACAAUGACACAAGAAACUACUCCGAUGACACAGGAAACCACCCUACUGACACAAGAAACUACUCUAUUGACACAAGAAAGUACACCAAUGACACAAGAAACUAUUCUGAUGACACAAGAAACCACCCUUCCAAUACAAGAAACUACUCGGAUGUCACAAGAAAGUACACCAAUGACACAAGAAACCACCCUACUGACACAAGAAACUACCCCGAUGACACAAGAAAGUACACUAAUGACACAAGAAGCCACCCUACUGACACAAGAAACUACUUUGAUGACACAAAAAACUACUCCGAUGACACAAGAAACUACUCCGAUGACACAAGAAACCACCCUACUGACACGAGAAACCAUCCUACUGACACAAGAAACUACUCCGAUGAAACAAGAAACCAUCCUACUGACACAAGAAACCAUCCUACUGACACAAGAAACUACUCCGAUGAAACAAGAAACCAUCCUUCUGACACAAGAAACCACCCUACUGACACAAGAAACCACCCUACUGACACAAGAAACUUUGAUGACACAAAACUCCAUCCCACUGACACGGGUACGCAGAUCAGUGACAAACGAAACCACUCCAGUGACACAAGAAACCAAUCCAGUGACACAAGAAACCACUUCAGUGACAGACAAAACCACUCUAGUGACAAAAGAAUCCUCCUCAGCGACAGACAAAAACACCCCAGUGACAAAAGAAUCCACCGCAAUGACAAGCAAAUCCACCGCAGUGAUAAAAGAAUCCACCGCAAUGACAAGCAAAUCCACCGCAGUGAUAAAAGAAUCCACCACAGUGACAAAAGAAUCUACCGCAGUGACAAACAAAUCCACCGCAGUAACAAAAGAAUCCACCGCAGUGACAAAUGAAUCCACCGCAGUGACAAAACAAUCCACCGCAGUGACAAACGAAUCCACCCCAGUGACAAAAGAAUCCACCGCAGUGACGAAAGAGUCCACUGCAGUGAUAAAAAAGUCCACCGCAGUAACAAAAGAAUCCACCCCAGUGACAAAAGAAUCCACCGCAGUGACAAAAGAAUCCACCGCAGUGACAAAAAAGUCCACCACAGUGACAAAAGAAUCUACCGCAGUAAAAAAAGAAUCCACCGCAGUGAAAAAAGAAUCCACCCCAGUGACAAAAGAAUCCACCCCAGUGACAAAAGAAUCCACCACCCCACUGACAAAAGAAUCCAUCCCAGUAACAAAAGAAUCCACCGCAGUGACAAAAGAAUCCACCGCAGUGACAAAAGGAUCCACUGCAGUAAUAAAAAAGUCCACCGCAGUGACAAAAGAAUCCACUGCAGUGACAAAAGAAUCCACCCCUGUGACAAAAAAAUCCACCGCAGUGACAAAAGAAUCCACCACAGGGACAAAAGAAUCCACCGCAGUGACAAAAGAAUCCACUACAGUGACGAAAGAAUCCACCGCAGUGACGAAAGAAUCCACCCCAGUGAGGAAAGAAUCCACCCCAGUGAGGAAAGAAUCCACCGCAGUGACAAAAGAAUCCACUACAGUGACAAAAGAAUCCACCGCAGUGACAAAAGAAUCCACCCCAGUGAGGAAAGAAUCCACCUCAGUGACAAACGAAUCCACCGCAGUGACAAAAGAAUCCACCCCAGUGAGGAAAGAAUCCACCCCAGUGACAAAAGAAUCCACAACAGUGACAAAAGAAUCCACUACAGUGACAAAAGAAUCCACCGCAGUGACAAAAGAAUCCACCCCAGUGAGGAAAGAAUCCACCUCAGUGACAAACGAAUCCACCACAGUGACAAAAGAAUCCACCCCAGUGAGGAAAGAAUCCACCCCAGUGACAAAAGAAUCCACCGCAGUGACAAAAGAAUCCACCCCAGUUAAAAAAGAAUCCACCGCAGUGACUAAAGAAUCCACCGCAGUGACAAAAGAAUCCACCGCAGUGACAAAAGAAUCCACUACAGUGAAAAAAGAAUCCACCGCAGUGACAAACGAAUUCACCCCAGUGACAAAAGAAUCCACCACAGUGACAAAAGAAUCCACCGCAAUGACAAAAGAAUCCACCCCAGUUAAAAAAGAAUCCACCGCAGUGACAAAAGAAUCCACCCCAGUGAGGAAAGAAUCCACCGCAGUGACAAAACAAUCCACCGCAGUGACAAAAGAAUCCACCCCAGUUAAAAAAGAAUCCACUGCAGUGACGAAAGAAUCCACCACAGUGACAAACGGAUCCACCGCAGUGACAAAAGAAUCCACUGCAGUGACAAACGAAUCCACCCCAGUGACAAAAGAAUCCACCCCAGUGACAAAAGAAUCCACUGCAGUGACAAAAGAAUCCACCGCAGUGACAAAAGAAUCCACCGCAGUGACAAACAAAUCCACCACAGUGACAAAAGAAUCCACCCCAGUGACAAACGAAUCCACCACAGUGACAAAAGAAUCCACCGCAGUGACAAAAGAAUCCACCCCAGUUAAAAAAGAAUCCACCGCAGUGACAAAAGAAUCCACCGCAGUGACAAAUGAAUCCACCCCAGUGACAAAAGAAUCCACCACAGUGACAAACAGAUCCACCGCAGUGACGAAAGAAUCCGCCACAGUGACAAAAGAAUCCACCCCAGUGACAAAAGAAUCCACCGCAGUGAUAAACGAAUCCACCGCAGUGACAAAAGAAUCCACCCCAGUCACAAAAGAAGCCACCACAGUGACAAAUGAAUCCACCACAGUGACAAAAGAAUCCACCGCAGUGACAAAAGAAUCCACCGCAGUGAAAAAAGAAUCCACCGCAGUGACAAAAGAAUCCACUGCAGUGACAAAUGAAUCCACCCCAGUGACAAAAGAAUCCACCACAGUGACAAACGGAUCCACCGCAGUGACGAAAGAAUCCACCACAGUGACAAACGAAUCCACCCCAGUGACAAAAGAAUCCACCGCAGUGAUAAACGAAUCCACCGCAGUGACAAAAGAAUCCACCCCAGUGACAAACGAAUCCACUGCAGUAACAAAAGAAUCCACCCCAGUGACAAAAGAAUCCACCGCAGUGAUAAAAGAAUCCACCACAGUAACAAAAGAAUCCACCGCAGUGACAAAAGAAGCCACCACAGUCACAAAAGAAGCCACCACAGUGACAAAUGAAUCCACCCCAGUGAUAAAAAAAUCCACCGCAGUGACGACGCCUGCAGAUGGCGAGACCACCUCCAAGAGUGGAAAGAAGGAUGCUGAUGAUGAGGUUUAUGAGUGGGCCAGUAAGUCUUUGAUGGAUAUUGAUCUGGUUAUCAUAGCCGUCGGCUGUAUAUUCAUCAUGGUUCUUGUCAUUAUUGUCGUCCAGCAGAGAUUGAAACUCAGAUCCGUAAUGGCUCUUAUGAAAAGAGAGAAAAAUGAAGAGCGACUACUCCAAGAUGAUGACUAACGUGGCAACUUGUACAGCACAAAGUCACAAAGACCACACUACAUAUCCCUCGGAUACUGACUCUCCUGAUGCUUAGUCAGUUUCACACAAACCGACCACACAUACCAGACAUUAACUUUAAAAAGUUCCACGAAGAAAGCAAGAAAAUUUAGAACCUAACCUGAAAGAUUCAUAUUAUACUGAUGUCUGUUAAUUAGUCUCCUACAGGUCCAACCGGAGGGGACUACAGGUUUCAUCUCAGUCCUGUCUGUCUGUCUGUCUGUCCCACAUAGUUUUCUGGAUGGUUUGUUUUUUAGAAAGCCUUGAGAUAUUGACCUAAAAUUUUGUGUAUAGCUUUAUCAUGUACUGUUACAGAUCAAGUUUGACUUUCAUGGUGAUUUACCCAUUUUUGAUGGAGUUAUGGCCCUUGAACUUACGAGAUGUGAAAAUUUGUUUUCCAGAAUAACUUUUCACAAAAACCUGAGAUACUGAGCUGAAAUUUUGUGUAUAGCUUUAUCGUGUACUGUUACAGAUCAAGUUUGACUUUCAAGGAAAUUUACCUAUUUUCUGUGGAGUUAUGGCCCUUGAAGUUAGGAGAUAUAAAAAUUUGUUUUCCAGACUUUUGUUUUGCAAUGCCUGAAGAUAUUGAUAGGAAAUGUUGUAUAUGCCUUUAUCAUGUUACUGAUCAAGUUUAACUUUUAUGGUGAUUUAUCCUCUUUUCACAGAAGUAUGGCCCUUGAAUUUAGGAGGUAUAAAAAACAUUCGAGUUUGGUAGGGGACAUGUAUUGCUUUAGCAGUACUCAUAAUGCUCGUUUAUUACCGUCACUUUCGUUUUUAUAUUUUCUCAUUGAAUGAUUCACAUUACAUCAAUGUCUUUGAAUUAUGAUGUUAUUAUAAAAUUCAUGUUGCAUCAAUAUAAUUAUGUUAAUACUUUUCCAUUAGAUUUGAAACUUGAAACCAUGUUAUGUGAAUUUCGUUUAUGUAAAUAUAUAUUCUCCCUGUUACAUGUUCA